CGCUGCCCACGUGGGAAGCUCCGCGCUGGAGACCCGGCGCUCGAAUCCAGGGAGCCUAGAGAGCGCGCGGGGCUGGCACGAUGGGGCCGGCUCCCGCUGGAAAGCAGCCGAGCGGAGCAGCCCGGGAGCCGGAGGUGAUAGAACCAGCCCUGGAAGACUCUGGCAAGGAGAAGAAGAAGGUGUCCUUGAAAAAGCGUGCAAGGGCUGAGUCUCCAGCAGAGAGCCUUCUGCAGCCAGUGAAGCUCAGUCGAGAAGAACUGUACAAGGAACCUACUAAUGAGGAGCUGAAUCGCCUCCGGGAGACCGAGAUCCUGUUCCACUCCAGCUUGCUUCGUUUACAAGUAGAGGAGCUGUUAAAGGAAGUGAGGCUGUCAGAGAAAAAGAAGGACCGAAUUGACACCUUCCUAAGGGAGGUAAACCAGCGGAUCAAGAGGGUGCCCCCAACCCCGGAGACAGUGCUCACUGACCAGUCAUGGCUCCCAGCUGGGGUUCAAGUGCCCCUCCACCAAGUGCCCUAUACUGUGAAGGGCUCUUUUCGCUUCCUGCCUCCAUCCCAGGUCACUAUUAUAGGCAGCUAUCUUCUGGGUACUUGCAUCCGGCCAGACAUCAAUGUGGAUGUGGCACUCACCAUGCCCCGGGAAAUCUUCCAGGACAAGGAUGGGCUGAACCAGCGCUACUUCCGCAAGCGUGCUCUUUACUUGGCCCACUUAGCUCACUUCUUGGCCAAAGAUCCCCUCUUUGGCAGUGUUCGCUUCUCUUACACCAAUGGCUGCCACCUGAAACCCUUGCUGCUGUUGCGGCCAUGUGGGAAGGACGAACACCUGGUCACUGUACGUCUACAUCCGUGCCCUCCUCUGGACUACUUCCGCCCAUGCCGCUUGCUGCCAACCAAGAACAAUGUGCGCUCUGCCUGGUACCGCGGACAGAGUCUUCCAGAGGGUGGUAGCCCAGAGCCCCCUACCCCCCACUACAACACAUGGUUGCUGCAGGAUUCAGCCCUGGAGUCUCAUGUGCAGAUGCUGUCAACGGGGCUGGGCUCUGCCCAGGGCCUGAAGGAUGGUGUAGCACUCCUCAAGGUGUGGCUGCGGCAGCGAGAGCUGGACAAGGGCUUGGGUGGGUUUAACGGCUUCCUUAUCUCCAUGCUGGUCACCUUCCUCGUGUCUACACGCAAGAUCCACCCCACCAUGAGCGGCUACCAGGUCCUGAGAAGCGUCUUGCAAUUUCUGGUCACCACAGAUCUGACAGUCAACGGGAUCAGUUUAUGUGUGAGCUCAGAUCCUUCCUUGCCGGCCUUGGCUGACUUCCACCAGGUUUUUCCAGUUGUCUUCCUGGACUCUUCAGGCCUUCUCAACCUGUGUGCUGAUGUUACUGCCUCCACUUAUCACCAGGUGCAGCAUGAGGCGCAGCUGUCUAUGGCGUUGCUGGACAGCAAAGCGGAUGACGCCUUCCAGCUGCUGUUGAUGACUCCCAAACCCAUGAUCCGAGCUUUUGACCACGUUGUGCAUCUCCAUCCCCUGAGUCGUCUACAGGCAGCAUGUCAUCGGCUGAAGCUCUGGGCAGAGCUGCAGGACAGUGGUGGGGACUAUGUCUCAGCGGCCUUGGGCCCACUGACCACCCUUCUGGAACAGGGUCUUCGGUCCCGGCUGCACCUUCUGGCUCACUCUCGGCCCCCAGUCCCAGAGUGGGACAUCAACCAAGAUCCACCAAAGCAUAAAGACUCUGGGACCCUGACCCUGGGAUUGCUUCUCCGGCCUGAAGGAUUGACCAGUGUCCUGGAGCUGGGUCCAGAAGCUGACCAGCCUGAGGCUGCUGACUUCCGCCAAUUCUGGGGAUCCCGCUCAGAACUUCGGCGUUUCCAGGAUGGAGCUAUUCGGGAAGCUGUGGUCUGGGAGGCAGCCUCUAUGUCUCAGAAGCGCCUUAUUCCUCACCAGGUGGUCACCCACCUCUUAGCACUCCAUGCCGACAUCCCAGAGAGCUGUGUUCACUAUGUGGGGGGCUUCCUGGGUGCACUGAUCCAAAGCCCAAAAGAGACAUCCAGUACGGGUGAGGAAGCCCUGGCAAAGGCGGUGCGUUGCUACGAUGACCUCAGUCGCCUACUGUGGAGGCUGGAAGGUCUCCCACUGACUGUGUCUGCUGUCCAGGGAACUCACCCAGUGUUGCGCUACACCGAGGUAUUCCCUCCGGUCCCAGUCCGACCAGCCUACUCCUUCUACAGUCACCUUCAGGAGCGGGCCUCACUGCUGCCCCGGCCUGAUAAGCCCUGCCCAGCCUAUGUAGAGCCUAUCACCAUGGUGUGUCACCUGGAGGGCAGCGGGCAGUGGCCGCAGGAUGCCGAAGCCGUGAGGCGAGUCCGGGCCGCCUUCCAGCUGCGCCUAGCAGAGGUGUUGGCGCAGCAGCAUAAGCUUCAGUGCCGGGCCACUGCCACACACACGGAUGUACUCAAGGAUGGGUUCGUGUUCCGAGUUCGUGUGGCUUAUCAGAAGGAGCCACAGAUCCUGAGGGAGGUUCGGAGCCCUGAAGGGAUGAUCUCUCUAAGGGACACGCCAGCCUCUCUGCACCUUGAGAGAGACACUAAGCUGUUGCCUUUGCUCACCAGUGCCCUGCAUGGACUCCAGCAGCAGCACCCAGCUUUCUCUGGUGUGGCUCGCCUGGCCAAGCGGUGGGUGCGUGCCCAGCUUCUGGGUGAGGGGUUCACUGAUGAAAGCCUGGAUCUGGUGUCUGCUGCCCUCUUCCUGCACCCUGAGCCCUUCACUCCUCCCAGUUCCCCCCAGGUUGGCUUCCUUCGGUUCCUUUCCCUGGUAUCUACCUUUGAUUGGAAGAACAACCCCCUCAUUGUCAACCUUAACGGUGAACUCACUGCGGAGGAACAGGUAGAAAUCCGCAGUGGCUUCCUGGCAGCUCGGACACGACUCCCAGUCAUGGUCAUUCUUACUCCCCAGGACCGGAAAAGCUCUGUGUGGACACAGGAUGGACCCUCAGCCCAGAUCCUUCAGCAGCUGGUGAUACUGGCAGCCGAGGCGCUCCCCAUCCUAGAGAAGCAGCUGAUGGAUCCCCGGGGACCUGGGGACAUCAGGACAGUGUUCCGGCCACCCUUGGAUAUGUAUGACGUACUGAUUCGCCUGACUCCCCGCCACAUACCUCGGCACCGCCAAGCUGUGGACCCUCCAGCUGCCUCUUUCUGCCGUGGCCUGCUCAGUGAACCAGGGCCCUCAUCCCUAAUGCCUGUGGUGGGCUAUGAUCCUCCCCAGCUCUAUCUGGCACAGCUCAGGGAAGCCUUUGGGGAUCUGGCUCUUUUCUUCUAUGACCAGUAUGGUGGAGAUGUGAUUGGUGUCCUUUGGAAGCCCACCAGCUUCCAGCCUCAGCCCUUCAAGGCCUCCUGCACAAAGGGACACAUGGUGGUAUCUCAAGGUGGGGAGCUUGUGAUGGUGCCCAAUGUAGAAGCAAUCCUGGAGGACUUUGCUGUGUUGGGUGAAGGCCUGGUACAGGCUGUGGAGGCCCGAAGUGAGAAGUGGACCGUGUGAACCCAGCCCUGAAGGAGCAGAAGGUGGACAGUAGGACUUCUGACCUUAUGGAGCAGCACUUGUCAGUGGGGCAGCCACCGUCACUGCAUAUGGAUGCUUGCUGGACUGACAAAACUAAGUCAGAUUCUUUUCUGUCUGAUACUUCUGCACUGGGACAGGGGCCAUGAUGUCCCAUGUAGUCCACUAGACAAGCCACCUGAACUCCCAGAAGAUGUAGAAAUUAGCUCAAAGGGAGCUGAACCCAGGAGAACCUGUCAUCUCCCAGUGGGCCGGAUCCUUUGCCUUCUGUCUUCACCCUCCUUUGGUUUCUUCCUGACACAGUUGGAGAGAGGUUAGGGAAGGUGUGGCUCUUCCUGAGGAUCAGCCCCAGUACUGAGCAGUGGAAAGGGGCCACAUAUAUACGAAUAGUCCUCAUUGAACAAGCACGAUACCUUCUGUGUUGCUGCUGCUGUUUCCCAAGGUGGUGACAGUGGAAAUGAACACAGGACAGGAAGGGGCUGGGUGGAUGAGGUCAGGAACUAGUCCCCUAAUCUAGGAAAGAUGCAAAAAACACUGGGUGCUACCUCCUUGCCACUAGCUCCAGGCAGCUCCCAGUUCAUGUCACUAGUCAUCCACCACACACCUGCAGUGAGGUUACAGAGAUGAGCAAGACCAAGUCCUGCUCUCCAAGAGCUCACAGGGACGGGAGAUGCUGCCUCUUGGAUCCUGGCCCAAGCCUUUCUGACAGCCACUCCCUGCCCCUCUGUCCCCUAAUCCUGGCUGCUUUUGUAGACUCAGCUCAAACAGUGCCCCUCCUACGCCCUGCCCUUACCCCCAGCCCAGGGUGCUCUUUCCCUCCUGUGAACUGUGAAAGCAGUUACUCCCUGUUGAGUUCACUUGGCAUGCACUCACCAGCGUGCACCUUCUAUUGUCUUGAAUGCUGAUUUAAAACUCAGUUGCUUAACACUG